GCUCCCCAGAACAGGCACAUCUCGCUUUUCUUCAACAUCUCUUUGGCUCGAGCUGAUUAUCACGGUCAAUUGAUCCAACGGAAACAAUAUAUAUUCAUUAUCUCUUGUCUGUCGUGGAUUAGGUGUCACAAGAUCUCGUACCAUAGUCAUUGACACAGCUUCGAAAAGAAUAAGAGGAAAAGGAAUCACAGAAACCGCUCAAUUCUACAAUGACGAACCCAAUUGCUUCGCUCCGCCAUAUUGGCCGCAUGGUCCGCGCUCCAGCCGUGGAUUUCAGAGGCACACGAAGUUUUGGUACGAGAUCGACAUUGUUCGCUGAGUCGAGCCAGAAGAGCAUCGACCGUAAUGAGCUGAAGCCCGAACGGAGCGAGUAUUCGAAGUCCGGAACCGACGACGAGGUAGCUGGUCAUCCAUCAGCUUUUGACCCAUCGAAGACGUCACCCGAAAGUGAGGUACAAGCUUCGUGCGAGGAGACUCGACAAGAAGGGAAGUCUAGCAAUCCUCUGAAUGUCAGCCCUGGAAACAAGGACGUCAGUCAGGCACGCGACCCGACAGAGGGCGGAGCAGAUGCGAGUACUCCACACUCGCCGAGUUCGCGAGGAGCACCACCGAAGAACAAGCAGGUAAACAAGCCGCAUUGAGCAUCAUGAAUAAGAUGAAUAUUGUGCGGCCAGGAGAUGGGGUAGCUUGAGAUGAGGGACUGCGCAUUUCUGUACUUUUUUUUUGCAAAAUGUUUGCAUAUCAAUGGUCGAUGCUGAACAUAUUAGAGAUACUCCUGUUUCUAGA